CGUCAGUGGGCGGGGCCGGCGGGGGAUGGCCCGGGUCUCCGUGGCCGCGGCUCCAGGAGCAGGAACCGAAGUCGCCGCCGCCGCCGCCGUCGCCGCCGCCGCCGCGUCCGCAGCUGCCGGGGUGUCCGGUUCGUGCGGGACCCGCCGCCAUGGAGAACUUCAUCGUAAUCUCGGACGACAGCGGUUCCGAGAGCUCCGGGGGGACCCGCCCGAACCGGGCGCGGAGGCUCCGCCGGGCCCUGUCCCGGACCCCCGGCACGCUGCCCCGCCGGACCGUGGACUUCAUCGACUUGACCCAGGACUCCAGGCCAAGGGCCAAGGACCGCAGCGGCAUCUGCGUGAUUGACCUAACCAGCACAGAGGAGGAGCAGCCUCGGCCCAUCGCCACCCUCGACCUGACCUUGGAGUCCGGGGCCCUGGCCCAGAAGGAGCCAGCUGGCCUGCAGCCAAGCGCCAGCCUCACUGGCAAAGAGGCAGCGGAGGGGCGGCUGCCCAGAGCCCCCUGGCCCGCAGCCCGGAGGAUCAUCAACAGUGUGCCCGUGGACCUGGACCUGCUGGAGGAAAGCAGGUUGAGGGGGCCCCACCUCCGUGGGGACUCUGGCUACUCGGCAGAGCCCAACAGCAGCUCGGCCAGGCGCCAGGGUGACUCCUGCUUCUUGGCGGGCCUCCAGCUCUCUUCCACGGUGCCCCGCCUCUCCCCAGCCAGCAAUAACGGUAGUGGCAGCACCCAGAGGGCACCCAUGCAGUGCCUACAGCAAGAUGUGCCUUGCCCAUCACAAGUCUUGCCCUGCUCGCUGCAAGCUGUGCCAUGCCCACCUCGGGCCUCUUCCUGCCCGCCCCGGGCCUUAUCAUGCUCAUCACAGGCUGCGCCCUGCCAGCCUCAAGCCACACCUCACCUGCCUCCAGAAGUGCCACGUCCUCCGCAAGAUGUGCCCUGCUCCAUGCAGAGCACGCCAAGCCCAACUACGGCUCCCCCUGGGCCGCCUCAGAGUACGUUGUGUCCACCAGCUGUGGCUUGCCUGCUCGAGGGGUCUAGGGCACCUGGAGACGCGCCCUGCCCUCUGCAGAGUGUGCCACGGCCACCGGCAGCUAUGUCACCAUCACUGAAGGAAAUGGCCUGGCCACUGGGAGAUGUGCCGUGGCCGCUGGGUGACGUGCCACAGUCACCAAGAGAAAUAGCCUGGCCACCGGGGGAUGUGCCUCCGCCGCCACCACCACCGUGGCCACUGGGAGAUGUGCCACGGCCACCACGAGAAACGCCAUGGGUGCCGGGAGGUCUGCCGCAGCCACUGGAAGAGGUGCCACGACCACCAAGAGACACACCGUGGCCAAUGGGAGAUAUGCCACGGCCAUCAAGAGAUGUGCAACAGCCACCAAGAGACGUGUCGUGGGCACUAGGAGAUGUGCCACAGGCACUGGGAGGUAUGCCACGGCCACCAGAAGAUGUGCCACAGCCACCGAGAGAUAUGCCACAACUACCCAGAGACGCACCUUGGCCACCAGAAGACCUGCCACAGCCACCGAGAGAUAUGCCACAACUACCCAGAGACGCACCUUGGCCACCAGAAGAUGUGCCACAGCCACCGAGAGAUAUGCCACAACUACCCAGAGAUGCGCCAUGGCCACCAGAAGACGUGCCACAGCCACCGAGAGAUAUGCCACAACUACCCAGAGACGCACCAUGGCCACCAGAAGACCUGCCACAGCCACCAAAAGAUAUGCCACAAUUAUCAAGAGAUGUGCCGUGGCCACCAGAAGACCUGCCACAGCCACCAAGAGACAUGCCACGGCUGCCAAGAGAUUUGACACAGCUACCAAGAGAUGUGCCAUGGCCACCAGAAGAUGUGCCACAGCCACCGAGAGAUGUGCCACAAUUAACAAGAGACGUGCCACGGCCGCCAGAAGACCUGCCACAGCCACCCAGAGACAUGCCACGACUACCAAGAGACUUGACACAGUUUCCAAGAGGCGUGCCACAGCCACCAGAUGAUGUGCCACAGCCACCAAGAGACAAGUUGUGGCUGCCAAGAGACAUGCCACAACUAUCAAGAGAUGCGCCAUGGCCACCAGAAGAUGUAGCACAGCCACCAAGAGACAUGCCGCGGCUGCCAAGAGAUUUGCCACAACUACCAAGGGAUGUGCCACGGCCACCAGAAGGCAUGCCACAGCCGCCAAGAGACGCAGCAUGGCCACUGGGAGACGUACCACGGCCCACAAGGGAAAUGCCACAGCCACCAGAUGUACAACCUCCUGAAGACAUGCCACAGCCACCAAGAGAUGUGCCAUGGCCACCAGGAGGCGUGCCACAGCCAACAGAAAACAUGCCAAAACCACCAGAACACUCACCAAGGGAAAGACCAUGGCCUGUGUACAGUGAGCCACGGCCACCAGGAACUGAGCCACAGACCCCAGCGGACAUGCCACAGUUACGUGUGCCACCGCCAGCAAGAGCUGCACCACUUUCCCCUCAGGACGCUCCACAGUUACCAGGAAAUGUACCUCGGACACCGGGAGCCACGCCACCGCCCUUCCCCCGAGCCCAGCCCACCUCCCCCCCCAAAGGCCUGCAGGACAGCCAGGCCCCCUCAGGCAUCUGCACUCCGGCCUCCCCCAGCUCUCCCAGCCCACCAUCCUCACAGUCCGACAGCCCCUUGGAAAAAGUUCCUUGGCUCACAGAAACGCCAGGCAGGAAAGCACCCCCACUGUUGGAGCCCACCCUGCCCAGCUCUGCCCCGCCACCGGCCCGAGCCCCCCAUGGCGGCCUCCACAAUAGGCCCUGCCUGCACCGGCUCAAGUACUUCCUCCGACCACCCGUACACCACCUCUUCUUCCACACGCUCAUUCCCGACAAGGACGCCAGAGAGAACAAGGGGCAGAAGCUGGAGCCCAUCCCGCACCGCAGGCUGAGGAUGGUGAUGAGCACCAUUGAGGAGAACUUCCCGCUGGGGACCGUGCAGUUCCUCAUGGACUUCGUGUCGCCCCAGCACUACCCGCCCGGAGACAUGGUGGCCCACAUCAUCCAGAAGAUCUUGCUCAGCGGCUCUGAGACCGUGGACGUGCUCAAGGAGGCCUACAUGCUACUCAUGAAAAUCCAGCAACUCCACCCAGCCAGCGCCAAGACUGUGGAGUGGGACUGGAAACUUCUCACCUACGUCAUGGAAGAAGAGGGCCAGACACUGCCCGGGCGGCUUCUCUUCCUGCGCUACGUGGUGCAGACGCUGGAGGACGACUUCCAGCAGACCCUGCGGCGCCAGCGGCAGCACCUGCAACAGUCCAUCGCCAGCACCGUGCUCUCCUGCGACAGGCAGCCCCACAACGUCAGAGAUGUCAUCAAGUGGUUGGUGAAAGCCGUCACUGAGGAAGGACUAGCUCAGCCCCCGAGUGGGACCCAGAGCUGCCCCGGAAGUGGAGUCCUGAAAGCGAGCGACAGUGACCCUCCUCCCCCACCUAGCAUGGCCAAGAACGCCAACCAGCUGGUGGUGUGCCAGCUGCAGCGGAUGCUGUCCAUUGCCGUGGAGGUGGACCGCACGCCCACCUGCAGCUCCAACAAGAUCGCCGAGAUGAUGUUCGGGUUCGUGCUGGACAUCCCCGAGAGGAGCCAGAGAGAGAUGUUCUUCACCACCAUGGAGAGCCACCUCCUGCGCUGCAAAGUGCUCGAGAUCAUUUUCCUGCACAGCUGCGAGACGCCCACCCGCCUGCCCCUAUCUCUGGCCCAGGCCCUCUACUUCCUCAACAAUUCCACGUCACUGCUCAAGUGCCAGUCGAAUAAGACCCAGUGGCAGAUGUGGGACGAGCUGGUGGAGCAUCUGCAGUUCCUGUUGUCCAGCUACCAGCAUGUUCUACGAGAACACUUGCGGAGUUCGGUGAUCGAUCGGAAAGACCUGAUCAUCAAGAGGAUUAAGCCCAAGCCGCAACAGGGGGACGACAUCACGGUGGUGGACGUGGAGAAACAGAUCGAGGCCUUCCGCUGCCGCCUGGUCCACAUCCUCGGGGAGCCCCUUGUCCCGCAGCUGCAGGACAAAGUCCACUUGCUGAAGCUCCUGCUCUUCUACACAGCAGACCUGAACCCCGACGCAGAGCCCUCCCCGCCACAGAGCUAGAGCAGCCCGGCCACGCACUGAGCACCAACAAUACCUCCUGCACUGCACUGAGAAGUCGACAAGAGUAGCUGGAUUCCUUCUGGGACCAAGCCUGUGUUAUUUAUCUGUAGGUCCUCGUGACUGUCUAAUUCUAGGAUAUCCGUUUUCUCUUGAUAAUCCUAGCCUAGCUUGUUAUCAAAUAUGACUUCAAUAUACAAGGUGUAUAUGUAUUUCUAAUAAAUUAUUUAUCUAUA